UUAGAACAACACCGACAGCUGUUAACUAAAAGCAGCUGAGCAUUAAUGAGAUAGCGAAGGAGACGAACGUUUCGUGUGGAUGUAAAUUUUGAAUAAAACAAUCUUAAAACGUCUUUGUUAUACAAAUGGAACCAAAGGUUGUUGUUGUCACUGGAGCCAACGCAGGCAUAGGGCUGUCAUUGGCUGACAGGCUGCUCGAUGAAUACAGGGAUGUGCAGCUCUGUCUAGCCUGUCGAAACAAGGACAGGGCAGAAACUGCUAGAAGGAAACUCCUGCGGCGUCAUCCAGGGGCACAGGUUUCAAUUGUCCUUGUUGAUGUCAGCAGUGUAAAGUCUGUGCUGAAAGGGGCUGCAGAAAUAAGACAAAAAUUCAAACACAUAGACCUGCUGUAUUUGAAUGCAGGUAUCAUGAAGGUCUCCAGUAUCAAUAUAAAGAAAGUGCUGACCAUCUUCCAUGACUUUAGAAGGGAAGGAGCAGAGAUACUGAGUACCGGGAAGGGAGUACUCAACCACAUAAACAACAUGACUGACGAGGGGCUACAGGAGGUGUUUGCAACAAACAUUUUUGGACAUUAUGUGCUGGUUCGUGAGCUGCAGGACUGCUGUCUUGGCUCUCCUCAGUCUCAGAUUGUGUGGACGUCCUCCCAGAAUGCAGAGGCCGGGGUCUUCAACUUCCAAGAUAUCCAACAUAAACAUGGAAAGGAGCCAUACAGUUCAUCCAAACAUGCUACAGACAUUCUCAGUGUUGCCUUGAAUAGCAGACUCAAUGAAAAGGGUGUGUAUUCUACAGUGACUUGUCCUGGCCUGGUCAUGUCCAACAUCGUGUUUGCCAUCCUACCAGCGUGGUUCUGGUGGAUUGUCAUGCCUUUCCUGUACUUCAUGAGAUUCUUUGUGCCCAACCUGUCCUGUUCUGCCUAUAAUGGUGCUGAAGCUCUGAUAUGGGUGUCCAAGCAGAGGCUGGCAAGUUUGAACCCGAGGAUAAAGUACCUCAGUCACUGUUCUGUGUUUGGAAAGCGCUUCAUAGCGGAAGAAAAGUUGCAUGUGAGUGAUGAUGAUGCGGACAGUGUAUACAAUGAACUGGAGAAACUAUACCAGGGAUUCAAACACCAGUAUGAACAAGCCAACAUCAUACAUUCCGACCAAUCAUUUUCAGGGUGUCUGCAUAAUGAGCAGUCCAAGGAACAAAUAGCAAAUGGCUGGCAUUGAGUUUCACAUUUUAAGCUCCAGUGAUUUUUGUAAGCAAACAAUUCAGGUACUGGCAUAGUUUUUUUUCACUGUCAUACAAAAACUUCAACUAUGGCCAUAGCUAAGAAGCUGUCUGAACAUAGCUUAUAAACUGUCUGUGAAAAUUAACAUGAAACUUUGUAUUCAUACAGAGGGGAGGAGCAUUUAGUUGCUGCAGUGCCAAAGAACCAUAAUACAAUCAUGCAUAUUUAUUAAGUUAUCUCCCCUAUACCAUUUUUUCAUAAUAAGUGUUUGUACGGGCCAUAUCAAAUGUUCUAAAGGAUUGAAAAUUAAUGAAACUUGAAAUAUUGAGGCGGUGAGAAGAAGUGCAAUGCACAAGAACCAUGAGCCUCCCCAACACAUUUCUUAAGUUAUCUUUUUUAACCUGUUUUCUGUUGGAAAUGGGGGGUUUUCUGUGCCAUAUCUUGAAAUGUUCUAAAGGAUUGAAAUGAAACUUAGAUGGCAAUAAGAGAAAGUGCAGUACCCAAGAUUUUUAAUUCUACCCUGCAUAAUAAUUAAGUAAUCUUUCCCUUAACCGGAUAAGUUUCCUUAAUGGGUUCAGGCCAUAUCUUGGAAUGUUCUAAAGGGAUUCAAAUGAAACUUGGUAUAUAGCUAGAUGGCAAUGAUAUUAUUUAAUGUUUGAAGAUCCGUCAUGCAGCAUUCGUCUCCUACUGAUAUUUGUGAAUUUCAAUUGCUACUUUUUUAUUUCAUUGCUUGAAAUUUGCUUCAAAAUUUAAUUCUCAAACCUGCCCAUAUCUUUGCAUGUUAUGAUAUUUUUUUCAACUUGUGUAUAUAUUGCUACAACCAUUGAAUGAUUCACAUUCAACCAGCACAUUGUGUUACAACUUUCUGCCUUUUUAUAGAAAAUGGAGGAUUGCUUCCAGCAAUUCUCUUGUAUUACGGUAAUAUGUUAGUUCAUAGGAAGACCCAAACCUUGCUUCAAGUCCCAAGCAUCGGCAUCUGCUUGAUGAUGUCCAAGUAGUUUUAUUAUAAGGAUUUAACCUUAAACAUACGUAAACACAAAUGUGACGAUUAUCUGAGCAUAGUUUUAUUAUGGUUGAAAUUUAAAGUUGUUCUUGAAUUUAUAUAUUAUGGUAUGUUAACAUAUGAUUCCUAAAAUGUAUGAACAUUCAAUUGUCAGUUAUUGCACUAAGAAGUUGUUGUUUUUAAUUGUCCUUGACCAUUUUACUUGUCUGUGAUCAAUAUUUGCCCAAUAAGACUGUAUUAUGCCCAAGUCCUGACCUUAUAAAGCCAGGCAAUUCCAUAUUGUAUUUUAUGUAAAUGUAAUUAUGUCAUUUAUUUGCUGAUUUACUGAAUUUAUGUGUUACUUUUUCUAUCGAGUUUCUUGGUGCUGUCAUUGGUAAUGUAUAUUUGCAGAACAUUAAGCUGCUGUUGUUAAUUUGAUUUAAUGACCGAAUUUUAAGAUACAAUAAGUUAUGAUGAAAAUGAUAUUCACCUUUUCUGACCUUUUAAAGUUCAAUUCCCAUGAACCAUUUAUGUAAGGUACUGAUAUUGUGUUUAUAGAGGUUAUUCCCUAAAUUGCUUAAUUUGGAGUUUUAACGCGAUAUAUUUUUUUCUAUUUUUCCCCAAGUUGCUACAUGUGGUGUUUUACCAAAAUCUAUUGACUUUAUUACAUGUGUUUUUUUUUAUCAAUAUUGAUUUCCUUCUAUUAUUUCUUAAGUAGUUAAAUGUGGUGUUUUUAAAAUGUAUAUGGAAUUUUAUAUUGAAUUUGUUAUCUCUUGCUGUCUCGGUAAAACUUUAUUUUACAGUCAUUUUAAAUUUUUCCUACAUGCCCCAAUCAUAUUGUUGUGCUUAACUUGUUAAUUGUUUAUUUUUUUUAGAUUUGUUAAAUGAUGCAAAUUCAUGAAGGUCAGGUCUAGAAGUUCAGUUAUAUUGUUGUCCCUGGACUAGGUCCAAUUUUUCAACGAAUGCAUUCAAAUUAUUUUUGCUACUGAGGUAAUUUGUUCUUCUCUAGUAUAAAAGAGAAUAUGAUACUACAGACCUAGUUUCAUAAGGUUGUUGUACUGUAUAUUACCAUAGUUCUUCAAAUUGUUAGCAUGGAACUUAUUUUAUGUACAGUUGUACUUGCUGUACACCAAACUGUAUUUGCCUAUUUUAGUAUUAUGUCUGUACAUCUCAGGAAUUGAGUUGUUAUAUAUUUACAUUUGCUGUAUAUUACGUUUUAUAACAAUAAUAAUUCCUUGUAUUUCA